GACAUAAAAUGUCAAGCUGGUGGACAAUUUUAUUUUGUUUAUUUUAAAAAGAAAAAAAUUUUUCUUAAGUAAUUUGCAAUCUACAUUCUGCUUUCUGUAGGUCGUAUCAAUUCAAAGUGUCAUUUAAAUUUUUCUAUAUUUUUUUAACGAACGCUCGUCUGCUCAACACUAGUGUCUAGUUGCUAUUUCUUACGAUAAAGAGGUUAAAAUAUUCAAUUCUUUGACGAGAAAUAAAAGUUUUCUCGUCAAAGAAUUUAGUGUUUUUAACCGAACAAAAACAAACGAGAAAAUGAGCCGCAAUUAUAAUAACCUGAAAAAAAUAAAGUCUCUGUGCUACUUAACAUUAGGUGGGUCUCUUUCGUACCAAUUCAUUUAUUUUAAGAAAGAUUUCAAUGGAUAUUAUGAUAAUGUAUUGAAACCUUUGAGCCAACGUCUUGACCCUGAGUUGGCUCAUAAAAUUGGAGUAUCUGCUAUCAAAUAUGGUUUAUUUCCUACAGAAAAUUUUGAAGACCCCAAAAUAUUGAAAACUAAAUUAUUAAAGUAUGAAUUGAGCAACCCAAUAGGAAUAGCAGCAGGAUUCGACAAACACGGUGAUGCAGUGACAGGUCUGAGAAACAUUGGUUUCUCUAUUAUUGAAAUAGGUUCAGUAACACCUGAACCACAACCCGGAAAUCCAAAACCCAGAGUGUUUAGACUACCAGAGGACUCUGCUGUUAUAAACAGAUACGGAUUCAACAGUGAGGGCCGCGAUGAAGUGUAUAAAAAAAUAGAAAAUAUUGACAAAUCUGUCAUCGAGGGCGGCAUACUCGGUAUUAAUUUAGGUAAAAACAAAAAUUCCGACGAUGCCGUCCAAGACUACAGUUUAGGAAUACAGAAGUUCCAUGAUGUAGCUGAUUACUUUGUUAUUAAUGUUAGCAGCCCAAACACACCAGGAUUAAGAUCAUUACAGAAUAAAGAAGAAUUAGCAAAACUUUUAUCAGGAAUCAAUAAGACAUUAAACGAUCUGUCAGGGAAAAGGCCACCUCUGCUAUUGAAACUCGCCCCAGAUCUAUCCUUAGAGGAAAUGAAAGAUGUUGUUUCGGUUAUAUCAAAAAAAGACACCAGAGUUGAUGGUCUAAUCAUUUCAAAUACUACUAUUGACAGAUCCUCACUUAUAAACCAGGAGCAUUCAAAUGAAGCUGGUGGCCUUAGCGGGAAACCAUUGACAAAUAAAUCAACAGAAAUGAUAAAGACUAUAUAUAAGUUGACAAAAGGUAACAUACCAAUAAUAGGAGUAGGGGGUGUUUUCACCGGACAGGAUGCCUAUGAGAAAAUACUAGCAGGUGCUAGUGUAGUCCAAAUAUACACAGCUUUAAUUUAUCACGGACCUCAAGUUGUUACUAAAAUCAAAUCUGAAUUAGCCGAACUCCUCAUUAGAGACGGCUAUACCAAUGUCAGUAUGGCCGUCGGAAAAGGUGUCAAAUAGUACAGUAUUGUUGAAUGUGAAAAAAAUAUAUUGUUAAAAGUUAUUUUGUAACUAUUUUCCAAUAAAUAUAUUUAUACAACACAGUAUGA